ACAUGUGCGGAACAAAUCGACUGGAAGGCGGGGAACAAAGCUGCGAAAUGACUGACUGAGAAGCGGGAGGAGGAGAAGAGAACAAGAUACAAACUCCUAAAUAAAAACAAUACUCCUUUCUAUUCAUUAAAAUUAAAAUAAUAAUAAUAAAAGCUGCUAUAGCUGGAAGAGGAGGACACCGGCUAGAUCAUCAUCACACUUCAAAAUGGAUCUUCAUGAUAAAGAUAUUAUCCCUGGAGAGAUUGUGCCUGUGGUCAUCAUCGGCAACGGCCCAUCAGGGAUCUGUCUGUCAUACCUGUUGUCAGGUUACACCCCCUACCUGUCACCCGAAGCAUGGCAUCCCAACCCCCUGCUGCACAGCAAGCUGGGAGAGCAGCCUCACCUGUCGCUGCUGGAGCAGAAUCUAGAGUACCUGUGCGAGGGCUUGGAGGGCCGAUCGUCCAAUCCCGUCGCGGUGCUCUUUGAUUCGCUGCUGCUCCCCGACAGCGACUUUGGAUUGGAUUACAGCUCUCCGUUGGCAUGGCGAUACGAACCCGACCGUGCCAUCCCUCACCUGGUGCUGGGGAAGGGUCCGCCUGGAGGAGCCUGGCAUGCCAUGGAGGGCUCCAUGCUGACUCUGAGCCUGGCUAACUGGAUGGAGCUUCCUGGACUCAAACUGAAGGACUGGCUGCGAGACAAACGCAGAAAUGUACGAAACGACCGUGCCACACCAGCAGAGAUAGCCUCCUACUACCAACACUACGUCUCUCAGAUGUCUCUGGAGCAGAACUUUGCUUGCGGCACCACCGUCACCUCGGUAACCAGGCAGCCUGGCAACCAAGAUGGGUCACCGCCAUGCUGGAGGGUGAAGGGACUGCAGCGCAGAGAGGGGGAGGUGCUCGGAGAUGGUUCAUCGGUCUCAGAGGAGGUGCCUUUCUCCGUGUUCGCCCACAACGUGGUGCUGGCGACGGGGACCCACGACAUCCCGGCCCGGCUCGGCGUGGAGGGAGAGUCUCUUCCUUUUGUCUGCCACUCUUUCUGGGAGCUGGAGGCGGCCAUCUCUCGCGGUGAGCUCGACCAGACUUCGGACCCUGUGCUGGUGGUCGGGGCGGGCCUUACGGCAGCCGAUGCGGUACUGGCCGCUCACCAUCUCAACACGCCGGUCUACCACGCCUUUCGACGCUCAGUCAGCGACCCCGGGCUCAUCUUCAACCAGCUGCCCAAAGUGCUCUACCCAGAGUACCACAAGGUUCACCAGAUGAUGACUCAGCAGCAGCACCGAGCCGACUCUCCACCACAGGAGCAAGCUCAGAACCUCCAUCACCCUUCCACCACUUCUUCCUCCUCUCCAUCGUCGACCUCCCCGUCCUCCUCGUCCUCGUCCUACCCGGGUUACCUCAGCUUCCCUCGCCACAGGGUCGUGGCGUUCCGACCGGACAGGAAGUGCGUCCUGGAGUCAGACUCUGGCCAGCAGACAGUGGUUCAAGUCUCCAAGGCUCUGGUUCUGAUCGGCGCCCACCCCAACCUCUCCUUUCUAGCCGACAACGGGCGUAUACUGGGCGUCAAACCCAAAGAGACAAUAACGUGCCGAAGGAACCCGAUUGAGGUGGACCCGUUCACAAACAAGGUGGUUUCGGCAGAAGGGCCGGGCAUGUACGCCAUGGGGCCGUUAGUUGGCGAGAACUUUGUCAGGUUUCUGAAAGGCGGAGCGCUGGCUAUCGCUAGUGACCUCGCCAACAGACAGAGGGAGGCAGAAGGAAGAGGAGAGGAGGACAUGGCUACAGAGAGAUUAAAGGACAGAUGCCUGGACAGACAGGUGACCACACAGGCAGAAGCAAAGGUUUGUGUUCUGGGGUUGUAGCUGGUUUCCUUGGACUGAAGCGUUGUUGAGUGGACUGAAGCAAACAGACUUGCUAUGAUGUGAUUCAGACUCAUGGAUCGAGACGAAAAAAACAGGAACUGGGCUCAACUUUAAACUCCUGACAACUGGAACGGCUGCAAACAAGAGUUAUAGGUCAUGUUUUCCAGAAAUCACAGAGUAGGGCCAUCGAACAGGAAACAAGUGGCCCUAUGACUGAACUUGCACUGGUUUGGGUUUGAUAUCUUAUUAGAUCUACUGUAGAUCUCCAGCCCUGACGCACUCUGAAGGCUAAAAAAAAAAGCAGCUGACAGACACGCUGGAAAGAUCAUACUGAAAUAAAGGUCAGUCACGUGUUGGAGAUGGAACAAAAUGAGAAUUAGACAAAGGUAGAGGAGAAGAGACAGAUGUUUGGGAUGUCCCCGUCAAAUUAUAAAGCUAGAAAUGUAUCACCAGGAAGUUAUUCUGGAAGGAAUGGGAAGGUGUUAAACUCCACUACGACUUUAUGAGUCGGGAUGUUUCACAUAGAGACUGACCGAUACUUGAUUUUUUAUGUUGAUAAUGGAAGAUAUUUACAAAAUCUGAUAGUGAUGGUUCAUUUUUUAAAUUAAGACAAAAAGUAUCACUUAAAUUUGGGUGUGACCGAGACAAUUUAUUAAUGAGUCACCAAAAUUUCACAUAUAUGAACGAUAUGUAGUGAACUAUGCAGUCUCACAUUCAUGGCAAAUAUUAUAUAUCCACUUUUAAAUGACAUGUUAAGGCAAGUUUAAGCCUGUCUUCCUAUAUUUUAGUGCUGCAACAAUUAUUUUCAUUAUCAAUUAUUAUUUUUUAAUUAAUGAAAGAAUUGUUCUGUCUGUAAAAUGUCAGAAAAAGAGAAAUGCACGUCUCAGAUAAAAGAUGACUCUUUCAUUUUAUCCAGUCUAAAACCCAAAAAUAUUCAGUUUAUUGUCUUGACUGACAAUAAAAAAUAAAAUAUCGAAUCAUCACAUUUAAGAAAUUGAAACCAGAAAGUUUUUUUGGAUUCUUUUUGCUUUUGAAAGUGACUAAAACGAUUAUUUCAUUAUCAAAGUAGUUGCAGAUUAAUUUCCUACUGGUAGAUUUACCAGUGACCAUUCAGAGGAGAGUUUCUUAACUUUAGGAAUUGACGAGGACUGAAACAAACUGGAAAAUACUGAAGAAAAGGCAGAGAGUGAGAGAGAGAGAGAGAGAGAGAGAGAGAGAGAGUGAGUGAGAAAUUAGAUGGAGGGAAAUACAAAUGAAGAGAGAAAGUAAAAUGAAAGAAGCAAAGAGAAUGAAAAUGAGAGAGGAAAAAACAGAGUGAAGUGAUCUUUUCAGCAGCAGUUCUGCUUCUUCAUGACUCAGAAAACAUUUAUCACUACAGUAACUUCAUACAUGACCAAAACAGCACCUCGCUCUCUUUAACGAGGUAUGACAGGGAUAAUUAACAUGUUUCUGUAGUUAUGAAUGGCAACACUACACUGUCAGAGCUGAUGUUUCACUAAAACAAACAUGUUACAACUUAAUUCCUGCUUCUUUCUUUAUAUAAUUUUCUAUGUAUGUGUUUUUAUAUUAUGGGUUUGCAGUUUUGUGAAUCUUUGGUGCUGUAUUUUUCUGUUAGUAUGAUUUUUUUUUGUCAUGUAACAGGCAACUGUACCUACCUGAGAUCUUUGUAAAUCUUCGAUGAUUAUGAAAGAUUUUUAUACUUUCCAGAACAAGAAAGAAACGUUUUGUUUUUUUUUCUAAAUCCUCUCCCUGAAAAUGUUUUAAUUUGAAGCUGUUGUAACUUCAGAGUUUGGCCUCACUGUGAACAAUAAUAUAAUAAUAUAUGAACGACAGCACUAGCCUGACUUGCAUCGGCGUAGUAACACUAAUGAACAUUAUUUCCUCAUUAAUCUUCUGUAACUUGUGUGUUUCUGUGUAAAAGAAGAAGUCACAUGAGAAACCCGAAAUGUUGUUGAUUUCAGCUCUAAUAUAUUUUUUCAGGAUCAUUUUAAUACCUUCUGCUGCUUCAAGAUGCACUUUUAAAAACUAUUUUCACCACUAACUUAAAGUUCUGAUUUACUUGAUUAGGAUUUGGCGGUAAUUAACUAAUUACUACUGUUGAAUAUUAGUCCCAAUGCAUAUAUGUUUUAAUGCAUCUCCAUUAUAUUUUAUACAUGCUGUAAAUAUUAAUAAUACACAUAUUUUUCCAUUUGUCCAAGCAAACGAUUUCAAUAUUAUGCAUUUUUAAAAUGGAUAAUUUUUAAAAAAAAUCUAACGUUUAGUGCAGCUGUUUAUGCAUGUCAAGGCUUCUGCCAGAACAUGCAAAAUGCUGAAAAUGUUCCUUUUAGUUUCAUUGAACAGGAGAGUAAACCCUGUAAGAAGCUAAAAUCACUUCUCUGUAAAUAGUUUAACCUUCGGUCUUCUAUUUGUGAAAAGAGAAAUCUGAAGACAUUGGCUGAAAAUGCAAUAGACAAUACCAGGACAAUACCAAGACAAGGAUAGUCAGGGGUUUUUUAACACAAGAUUCACAUUUAUCAAAUAAAUGACAAUUAACCUUCAUAAAAUGAUUAUAUUAAGGACAGAAGUGCAGGUGCGCUACAUAUUCUAUUAUUACAGCUCCUAGUUUAAGUCACAAGUAUAGUUUCAUGUUUUAAAAAUGCACAGUACUGUAGUUAUUAAAAACGAUUUACUCAAAUAAGAAUAAAUGUUGCGUUUGUAAGGGACUGUUUUCAGCGCUGGAUUAAUGCACUAUUUCCAGCCAUGUUUUCAUCAUUGAUUAAUCCACUAAUCAUCUCAAUCAAUCAUUUAAUUCUAUAAGAAAAUAGUAGUUCCCAGAGACCAAGCUUAAUGUGUUAGAUCAGAAGUCUGAAAUCCAAUGACAUUCAGAUUAUUAUCAUACAAAACCAGCAAAUAACCACAUUUAAGAAGCUUGAUACUGAAUGUUUAACAUUUAAAAUAAGCAAUCAUGAUCAAAUUGUUGCCCUUUCAUGUUUUUGUCAAUUAAUUUAUUUUAGUUUCAGUUUAAAUACAGAUAGACAGACAGAACUGUCGUGUUAAUUGGUUACAGAGAUCAAAAUAGUAAUCCCCAUCAAAAAACAUCCUAUGUACCAGUUUUAUUUAAGGGUUGAUUGAGUCAGUCUGAGGCCUUUGCUGGACAACUAUAAUAGUUGUCAGAGUCGACCUGAUGACGCCUCAUGGCUUCGUGCCAAUAGAGAGCUGUGAUCUGCAGCAGCCAGCAGUGCCUUAAGACGCAUUAUUCACAGCAGUUUUUAUUGUUUCAGAGCAGAACAUACAUUAUUAUGCAGUAAAACUCAUGCUCAGUCUUUUUUUAAAACACCAUUUGUAUGUAGACAUUUUUGUCUUGUUUGUAUCGGGUGAUUUAAAAAUGUAUCCAAAUAAGUUUCCAUCUGUAUUGACAGUAUACAAUUUCUGUUUUCCAUAUUUGUCUGUGGGUUUCUAUUAAAAAAAGGAG